AUGAUUGCCUGGUCCCAAAACGACAAACUAGAGAGCCAUUAUCCAAUUGAGCAAAGAACACCUAUGUCUCCAGGUCUUCCUAGAUAUUUUACCUCAAAGGUUAUUGUCAGUAAACCUUUGAACGUGCUUUUCUUUGGAUCAGACCAUUUCAGUGUGCAUUCGCUGAAUGCUUUAGCCUCUCUGAAGCACAACGAUGCCAUCGAUAGAAUACAAGUGGUCACCAGAUCAGCAAAGUCAUGCGGCAGGUACAUGAAAGAAGUGAGGGAUCAACCAAUUGUACGUGCAAGCGAGCUGCUAGCACUUGACAAGGUAAUUAGAUGCGACAGUACAGCUGAUAUGUUGGCUCUGCGUAACAUUGCACCGCAAUUCGACCUUAUAGUUGCCGUAUCUUUUGGCAAGUUGAUACCUCAACAAUUGAUCACAGACAUCGCCCAUUCUCUGAACGUACAUCCCUCGUUACUUCCCAGAUAUAGAGGGGCUUCCCCAAUUCAAUAUGCCUUACUGAACCAGGACAUGGUUACGGGCGUUACAGUGCAGACUCUCCAUCCCACCAAGUUUGAUCACGGAAACAUUGUAGCCCAGACAGCACCACUCAACAUACAGGAACUGCUUCGCAGAGGCAAAAUAAACCACUUCGAAGAAGACGUACCGGAAAAAGUUCAAAUACUAAUGGAUCAACUUGGAAUCGAAGGCGGUAAUCUACUAGCCUAUACCAUUAAGAAUGGGCUCUACACAAAUCCACCCUCCAUUCCUCCACAUCAAUACGAACCAAGCCUGGCCCCAAAAAUUACAACAGACAUGCGCAGAGCACGUUGGCAGACAGAUACCGUUUCCAAGCUACUUGCGAAACACUACGCUUUUGGAACCCUACACGCCUUCAAGACAGUUCUACCAAAACGUAACAGGAACCCAGAACAAAAAAGAAUCCUAUUCCAAAACUUCCACUUGCACUCUUAUCUUCCCACACAACAAAUGCAAGAUUCCAAUUCCCUUAAAGAACCUGGUUCGUUCAUCUACGAUGAGAUGCACAAUCGCAUAAUAAUACAACUUACAGACGGACAGAUAGCCUGUUCUACAAUCCAGUUCCAAGGGUUCAAACCAGAGACACCAUCAAAGUUUAUGAACCACUACAGCAAGCGGUGCGGCAAACUAGUGGAUCAGAAAUUCGAAUAA